UUUUAAAAUGCAAACUAAAACAAAAGACCCGGGCCUUAAGAAAUCUCUGAAAGGUCAUAAGGAUGCAGUAAUGGCUAUUGAUUUUAGUCCAGACUCGAGCCAGGUAGUAUCAGGAAGUCUAGAUGCAACUGUACUAGUAUGGAAGCUUAAUGCUAAGCAAGUGCCGAAUAAGUUUGUUGGACACACAGGAGCAGUUCACUCUGUAGCAUUUAAUCCUACCGGAACUCUUAUUGCAACUGGAUCUUCAGAUCAUACUGUUAGGCUGUGGGAAAAUGAUAUGAGAGGCAGAUCUUCUGUAUUGAAAUCUCAUUCUGGGACAGUCAGAGCAUGUUCUUUCUCAUUUGAUGGACAAUACUUGUUGACUGGAUCAGACGACAAAUACCUCAAAAUAUUCACAGUGCAUAAUAAAAGGCAUACAUCAACAAUCAAUGCUCACACGAAUUGGAUUAGAGCUGCAGAAUUCUCUCCAGACUCAAGAUUAAUAGUUUCAGCUUCAGAAGACAAAAGCGUAAAAUUGUGGGAUUCAGAGCAACUUGCGCUAAUCUCCACUUUUGAAGACGAGGCUAGCUUCCUAUCAGCAAGAUUUCAUCCAGAUGGAACAUGUCUUGCUUCUGGAACUCUUGAUGGUAAAACUAGUGUUUGGGAUAUCAGAUCACAAGAGCUUCUCCAACUCUACGACACUGCUCACACAGAUGCAGUAAACUCAGUUGCGUUUCAUAACUCAGGGAGGUAUCUUCUGACUGCAUCAAACGACUCAACCAUGAAAAUAUUCGAUCUGAGAAAAGGCAGCUUGCUCUACUCCCUCUAUGGUCACGAAGGAACAGUACAGGUUGUUAAUUUCUCAAGAGAUGGAACCCUUUUCGGUUCUGGAGGCUCAGACUCCAACCUCAUCCUCUGGGACAGCAACCUUGUCGAUCCUGAGCAAGAACAGGAGGCUCAAAGACUUAAAAAGUCAAAGAAAGACAUAAAGGGUCCUGGUAAGAAAGCCAAGGGUGCAAUCUCAGCAGCUGAGAAGCUGAGGCGCCUUCAGAAGAAAAGAAAGAAUGAAAAUAAGCAGCAAGAUGAAACUAAAGUAGAAGAUAAGGAAAAUAGCUCGAUCGCAUCUAAUCAAGAAUCCAAGUACGAAGCCAUUGCAGAGGAUUUAGCCGGUAUGAUGGAUAAGGUCACAGUUCAGCUGGAUAUUAUUACAAGGACUAUAGUCACCCUUUCCAAACGUAUUGGGGACAACGAGGAGCUAGUUAAUGAAGCUUAUAACCAAUAUAAGAUUCAUAAAAGAAAUGCUGAGAUUAAGGAGCAAAAUCCUUCCCUUAAUAACGAGGAUCUGUCUGAGAACGAAAGCGAACAAGAGCCAAAAGAGGAAUUUAAGGAGACUUUUGAUCCUGCUCAAUCAGUAAUGGACCUAGAAGAGACCAGAAAUAAGUGUAAAAACAUUAUGAAUAUUAUCAACAUCAGCCAAUACUCCUUAGCUGCAAUUUCAAAAUCAGCAAAUGAUGUCAAAGAGACCACUACAAAGCUUCAGAAGGACUUCCUACCCGAAGGAGGCGAGACCAGAGCAGCAGAUCCCAUCAGAGAAGAUUCUGAUGAAGACCUUGAGAGAGAAAUCAGCCCAUAAGCUAAUAAAUAGCAACUAAAUUAUUCC